AUGCUGGCGCUGCCCCUGCUGCUCCUCCUGGCUCCGGCCCCGGCCCUGGUCCCCGCAGCCCGCCUGCCCGGGGCCCCUGUGCGCGCCACCCUCCGUCCAGGCAGCGAGCGGGAGGUGACGGCGGCACCCGCAGCGCCGAGCACCCCAGGGCAGCUGGGGGAGCCCGUCUCCGAGGGCGAGAGGCUGCGGCUUGCCGAGGAGGAGGCAGCGGGUGGUGAAGCCAGGGGCACCACAAAAAAAUCCGUGCGGGUUAAAGUAGUGAAGAAAAAAGUCUUGAAGAAGAAACCCAAGGCUUCAGCCCCGGGAGCAGCUACCGAGCAGCAGCCACAAUGUCCCCCGCUGGGGCUGGAGUCUCUGAGGGUGUCGGACUCGCAGCUACGAGCCUCCACCAGCAAGCGCUACGGUCUGGGUGCCCACCGGGGACGCCUCAAUAUACAGUCUGGGAUUCACGACGGUGACUUCUACGAUGGAGGCUGGUGUGCUGGCCACGAGGACCGGGACCAGUGGCUGGAGAUUGAUGCCCGGCGGCCAACCCGUUUUACCGGCGUCAUCACACAGGGACUGAACUCCAUCUGGACGUACGACUGGGUGACGUCCUACAAAGUCCAGUUCAGUAAUGACACACACACCUGGCAGCCAGGCAGGAACGGGACGGAGGAGGUGGUGUUCCUGGGGAACAAGGACCCCGAGACGCCUGUGCUCAAUGCACUCCCCACCCCGGUGGUGGCGCGCUACAUCCGCAUCAACCCCCAGACCUGGUUUGAGAACGGCACCAUCUGCCUGAGGGCGGAGAUCCUGGGCUGCCCCUUGCCAGACCCCAACAACAUCUACUCCUGGGAGAACGAGCCAAUGCCGACCGACAAGCUGGACUUCAGGCAUCACAACUACAAGGAGAUGAGAAAGCUGAUGAAGGAGGUGAAUGAGGAGUGCCCCAACAUCACCCGGGUCUACAGCAUCGGCAAGAGCUACCUGGGCCUGAAGAUGUAUGUGAUGGAAAUCUCGGACAACCCCGGGCAGCAUGAGCUGGGGGAACCAGAGUUCCGCUACGUGGCCGGGAUGCACGGGAACGAGGUGCUGGGCCGCGAGCUCCUGCUCAACCUGAUGCAGUAUCUGUGCGGCGAGUACACCCGGGGCAACCCCCGCGUCGUCCGGCUGGUGAGCGAGACCCGCAUCCACCUGCUGCCCUCCAUGAACCCCGACGGCUACGAGACGGCCUACAAGCUGGGCUCAGAGCUGGCGGGCUGGGCCGUGGGCCGCUGGACCUACGAAGGCAUCGACCUCAACCACAACUUCGCCGACCUCAACACGGCCCUGUGGGACGCCGAAGACAACGAGCUGGUUCCUCACAAGUUCCCUAACCACUACCUCCCCAUCCCGGAGUACUACACCUUCGCCAACGCCACGGUGGCCCCGGAGACCCGCGCUGUCAUCAACUGGAUGCAGAAGUUCCCCUUUGUGCUGAGCGCCAACCUGCACGGGGGGGAGCUCGUGGUGACCUACCCCUACGACAUGACCCGCACCUACUGGAAGGCCCAGGAGCUGACGCCCACGCCCGACGACGCCGUCUUCCGCUGGCUCGCCACCGUCUAUGCCACCACCAACCUGGCCAUGGUGGACGCUGAGCGCCGCCUCUGCCACUACGAGGACUUCACCAGGGAGGGCAACAUCAUCAACGGCGCCCACUGGCACACGGUGCCGGGAAGUAUGAACGACUUCAGCUACCUGCACACAAACUGCUUUGAGGUCACUGUAGAGCUGUCCUGCGACAAAUUCCCGCACGAGUCCGAACUGCCCAGGGAGUGGGAGAACAACAAGGAGUCCCUGCUGGUCUUCAUGGAGCAGGUCCGCCGGGGCAUUAAAGGGGUCGUUCGGGACAAGGACACCGAGCAGGGAAUUGCAGACGCCAUCAUUGCCGUGGACGGCAUCAACCACGACGUCAGAACAGCUUUCGACGGCGACUACUGGCGCCUGCUGAACCCGGGCGAGUACGAGGUCACUGCCGCGGCCGAAGGCUACCACCCCGUCACCAGGACCUGCCGUGUCUCCUUCGAGGACAACCCCACCCUCUGCGACUUCCAGCUCACCAAGACGCCCAAGCAGCGGCUGCGCGAGAUCCUGGCCAAGGGGGGCAAGAUCCCCAAGGACCUGAUCCUGCGGCUCCGGCAGCUGCGGCUCCGCAAGCUGAGGGCCCAGCGGCAGGCCCGGUGAGAGGGGAUUAACCCCUUCUGGACUGUGUGGGGACGUAGAAGAAGGAUGUGCUCUGUGCGACUCGCGGUCCCUCCCCCACGCUCCCUAGUCUAGCGGCUUCUUGCUCCUCUGAGUUGUUUCGCUUCUGACCUCUGGCUCUGACUCGUGAGUCUGUAGCAGGGUGUGACUGCUGGCCCGGUGUCUUCUUGGGACCUGUCCCUUCCUACCUCCUGCCCUGCCCUGCCUGCUCUCCAGCCCGCAGCCCCAAGACCCUGCUUCUGAGCACCCAGAUGGUCUCAGUUCAGGGGGAGAGGUGCCUGGGCAUGGCAAGACAGCAGAAAUCAGUGGCGCAGACAAAGCUGCAGGCAUGUUCCCUAGGGGCACAAGCAGCCGACAGGCACCCGGGAUGGGCUUUGCCAGCGGAAGAGGACUUUGUAACACCUCAAAGAGCAGCUUUCCCCCAGGAGGGUCUCAGCACGGCUGCUGUCGUCUUAGCCAGACCAGGGAAAUCCCUGUUUAGUGGGAUCCUGCAGGUCCCAGUCCAGCCACCCAAGAGAGGCGUCUGCUAACUGGUUCCAUUCUGCUCUGCCUGGCUGCCGCUUGGCAAAUCCCCCAGGAGGAAUCCUCGGGUCUGGAGGCAGCAGUAAGCAGAGGGCAUUUGGACAGCAGGCCCCAGGGCGUGCGGAAGAAAGGGAAGGGCCUCAGGAAUGUGAGCUGGUCCUGGGCAGGGCCACCCAGAGGAUUCAGGGGGCCGGGGGCAAAGCGGGGAAGCUGCAGUGUUUGUACUGACCCAGCAGUGGUCUGGGUCUUCGGCGGCAGGGGGCCCCUCAGUU